GGCCGCCCCUCGGCCCCGGAGCCCCUCGGCGGCACCACCAUGUACUCGGGAGCCGGCCCCGGAACAAAGGAACUAACAGAGAAGUACAAGUGAGAAGUGGAGAGAAGGCAGAGGAAGAUGGAGAGCGAUAAAAGGCUAACACUGGACACAAACGGGGGCGGCAGAGAGCCUGGAGCCCCGGGAGCUGUAGGUGUCGCCGUGACGCGCCCGCAGACCUCCUCUCACUGUGGGGCAGACCCAGGGCACGGGCUCCGGGUCAGGCCGGCCUCGCUUGAAUCCUGACUGUGUGGCUGGGCAUUCGCUCGGCCUCUCUGAGCCUCAGGCGCCUCCUCGUACAGGGAAUGAACACCCGACGGUGCAGGUGCUCUGACCAGAUGACAGAACGCGGCAGGCUGCUGUCGCUUCCCUCUGCGCGUGGCCCCGGGCGGGGCUGCUGGUCGCCAGUGUCCCUCCCUCGGUCACUUUAUCCUCGCUGUUUCCUCCGCACACAGUGGCUUCUCUCCUUGACCCUCCUGGCUGACCUCUGGGUCUUCACUUUGUAAGCCGUGAGGGAUACGAAUGCAUUUCACAGACCACAUCCCUGAUAAAUACCAUUUACCAGUGCUUGCCCCUCCUCCACCGCCACCGCCACCCGUCCAAGGGUAUGCCUUCAAGCCUCCACCCAGACCCGACUUCGGGACCUCCGGGAGAACGAUCAAGUUACAGGCCAACUUCUUUGAAAUGGACAUUCCAAAAAUUGACAUCUAUCAUUAUGAAUUGGAUAUCAAGCCAGAGAAAUGCCCAAGAAGAGUUAACAGGGAAAUAGUGGAACAUAUGGUUCAGCACUUUAAAACACAGAUCUUUGGGGAUCGGAAACCAGUGUUUGAUGGAAGGAAGAAUCUCUACACAGCGAUGCCCCUUCCAAUUGGGAGGGAUAAGGUGGAGCUGGAGGUCACGUUGCCAGGAGAAGGGAAGGACCGCAUCUUCAAGGUGUCCAUCAAGUGGGUGUCCUGUGUGAGCUUACAGGCAUUACACGAUGCACUUUCGGGGCGGCUGCCCAGCGUCCCCUUCGAGACGAUCCAAGCCCUGGACGUGGUUAUGAGGCAUUUGCCGUCCAUGAGGUACACCCCCGUGGGCCGCUCCUUCUUCACGGCGUCCGAGGGCUGCUCCAACCCGCUGGGCGGGGGCCGAGAGGUGUGGUUUGGUUUCCAUCAGUCCGUCCGGCCUUCUCUUUGGAAGAUGAUGCUGAAUAUCGACGUCUCGGCAACAGCGUUUUAUAAGGCACAGCCAGUAAUCGAGUUUGUGUGUGAAGUUUUGGAUUUUAAAAGUAUUGAAGAACAACAAAAACCUCUGACAGAUUCCCAAAGGGUCAAGUUUACCAAAGAAAUCAAAGGUCUAAAGGUGGAGAUAACGCACUGCGGGCAGAUGAAGAGGAAGUACCGCGUCUGCAACGUGACCCGGCGGCCCGCCAGCCACCAAACGUUCCCGCUGCAGCAGGAGAGCGGGCAGACGGUGGAGUGCACGGUGGCCCAGUACUUUAAGGAUAGGCACAAGCUGGUUCUGCGCUACCCUCACCUCCCAUGUUUACAAGUCGGACAGGAGCAGAAACACACCUACCUUCCUCUAGAGGUCUGUAACAUAGUGGCGGGACAGAGAUGUAUAAAAAAGCUGACCGACAAUCAGACCUCAACCAUGAUCAGAGCGACUGCCAGGUCAGCCCCCGAUCGGCAGGAAGAGAUUAGCAAAUUGAUGAGAAGUGCCAGUUUUAACACAGAUCCGUAUGUUCGUGAGUUUGGAAUCAUGGUCAAAGACGAGAUGACCGAUGUGACCGGGCGGGUCCUCCAGCCGCCCUCCAUCCUCUACGGGGGCCGGAAUAAAGCGAUUGCCACCCCCGUCCAGGGCGUUUGGGACAUGAGGAACAAGCAGUUCCACACGGGCAUCGAGAUCAAGGUGUGGGCCAUUGCGUGCUUCGCCCCCCAGCGCCAGUGCACGGAGGUCCACCUCAAGUCCUUCACGGAGCAGCUCAGAAAGAUCUCGAGAGACGCAGGAAUGCCGAUCCAGGGCCAGCCGUGCUUCUGUAAAUACGCCCAGGGGGCAGAUAGUGUGGAGCCCAUGUUCAGGCAUCUGAAGAACACGUACGCCGGCCUGCAGCUGGUGGUGGUCAUCCUGCCCGGAAAAACCCCCGUCUAUGCCGAGGUCAAGCGUGUAGGAGACACAGUGCUGGGGAUGGCCACGCAGUGUGUGCAGAUGAAGAACGUGCAGAGGACCACGCCGCAGACCCUGUCCAACCUCUGCCUGAAGAUCAACGUCAAACUGGGCGGCGUGAACAACAUCCUGCUGCCCCAGGGGAGGCCUCCAGUGUUCCAGCAGCCCGUCAUCUUUCUGGGGGCGGAUGUCACGCACCCACCUGCCGGGGACGGGAAGAAGCCGUCCAUCGCCGCCGUCGUGGGCAGCAUGGACGCCCACCCGAACCGCUACUGCGCCACCGUGCGCGUCCAGCAGCACCGGCAGGAGAUCAUCCAGGACCUGGCGGCCAUGGUGCGCGAGCUUCUCAUCCAGUUCUACAAGUCCACGCGCUUCAAGCCCACCCGCAUCAUCUUCUACCGAGACGGUGUCUCCGAGGGGCAGUUCCAGCAGGUUCUUCACCACGAGUUACUGGCUAUCCGAGAGGCGUGCAUUAAGCUAGAAAAAGACUACCAGCCGGGGAUCACGUUCAUAGUGGUCCAGAAGAGGCACCACACUCGGCUCUUCUGCACCGACAAGAAUGAGCGGGUGGGGAAGAGCGGAAACAUUCCAGCAGGGACGACCGUGGACACGAAAAUCACCCACCCGACCGAGUUUGACUUCUACCUGUGUAGUCAUGCUGGCAUCCAGGGAACAAGCAGGCCUUCCCACUAUCACGUGCUUUGGGAUGACAAUCGUUUCUCUUCCGAUGAGCUGCAGAUUCUCACCUACCAGCUGUGUCACACCUACGUGCGCUGCACGCGCUCCGUGUCCAUCCCGGCGCCCGCAUACUAUGCUCACCUGGUGGCCUUCCGGGCCAGGUACCACCUGGUGGAUAAAGAACACGAUAGUGCUGAAGGAAGCCAUACCUCCGGGCAGAGUAACGGACGAGACCACCAGGCGUUGGCAAAGGCAGUCCAGGUCCAUCAGGACACGCUGCGCACCAUGUACUUUGCUUGACAUGUUUUAGUGUUUACGAUUGUGUACCGAGUUGGAUUCACAUGAGACCAGCUACACUCAGACCAACAAAUGCCCAGCCCUUCCGUGACAGCCAGCAUCGAACAUGAAACGCCAUUGAUUUUAGUAGAUUCUCCAUUUUCCAGAAUGCCUUCCGUCCCAGAUUUCAAACUUGGAUUUUGAACUGCAGACCUGUAUGAGACCCCACUGUCGUAGGAAAUAUGGUUUGCCAAAAUCUUAUAAGCUGCUUAUUAAAAUAGAGUCCCAUGUUUCCUAAAAAUCUCCUAAAACCAGUCUAUGAACUCAGGGCUUUAAAACAUUUUUAAUUUAUUUGGUCGUUCAAUUUACUUGUUUUUAACACAUGAUUCUAUAUGAAAUUGAUGGGCUCAAACUAGCUGUGAACGUUCUGUGAGAGCGAAAGCGACGUAAAACACAUGGUGGUUUUAAAGCCUUGAACAUUCUGAUGCUGUCAGUAAAGUUUAUGUCAGAGUGACACCCGUGUGCUCCUGACCUGGCUCCCACCAGCUGUCCGGGAUCCGAGGGCAGGGGCCAGGCGAGGCGCCCUGGUGUCUCUCGUCCUGCCACUGCCCGCCUUUCACUCAGCCCGAAGGAAGGAGGGGUGGCAGGAGGUGGGCCGUGUGUGUUUACAACAUUUAUAGGUCCAGAGGGAUUGGCAGACAAAUGCCAUUUUAAUGAAAAUUUAUUUAAAAAAAGAAAAAAGACAAUAUGCCGACAGUCUAAUCAUCAGAUUUGUCCUAUAGGACUGUGACAUUUAUUUUCCAAAGUUUCUAAAGAAUACGGGUCUGUGGUGAUAAAUACAGUACAAUCCUUUUUCACUGUUAUGUCUUUAAUGUAAGAGAAAAAUAUAUAUAUCUGGUUUGCAGUAUUAAUGUGAUAGAUAGAUGCUGUUUUUCAUUUUACUGACUACGGGGUGCUUCUUGUGAUCUGUUUAGCAUAUCAAGAGUGUUUUGGAGCCUGGAGCCUGGACCACCCUUGUGGUUUCUCAGUGCUUAAGUACAGGAGUAUGCAAUUGACUCAGUGUGCCCGCGGCCCACCCCCUCGUGUAGACCGCGCAGCCUGGACCCUCAGGAGGACGGAGUGUGCUUCCAGCAGUCACUCCCCCUCCCCGCCUCGUCCCCGUGUGUCGCUCAGCCAAUUAAGCACAAAUGGAAUGUAUGUAUCCUUCCACUCCUGGGAAUGAGUCUGCGUAUCAGCGUGCACUCCUCUCUGCGUGUUGUUUGUUAGACAAGCGUCAUAGGAUCUAUGCACUGAAACACACAGAAGGCUCUCGGUGGUGGCGCUCUGCGGGAUGCGAGGCCAGCGUUCCGCGAAGGAGCCCAGCCCUCGGGAGGAUGGCUGAUGGCGAAGCCAGCAGGAGAGGCAGACCCUUCUGCUGGGAUUUGCGUUCUGGGCCCCGGACGUGGGUUUGCCAAUCUAGAAUCCACUGCACUAAGAAUGAUACCGUGGACAGCUCGCCAGGGGUGACAGCAGAGAGCUCCGUUUGUGCUAAGUGGGCGUUUUGUCCUUGUAGGCGGUUUUCUAAGAAUCAAAUCCACAUUCAGUACAGAGAUUCUAGGAAGGAGAUGAACCUUUCCCUAGUGCUGCUUCGUGCUCUGUAGGUUUCCUCUGGCCCUGCUGAUGGCCCUCCCAUCCCGGCCUGACAUUUACCUCUGGCGCUGUGGUGGAGUGAGGGUGCCAACCAGGGUGCCUCGUGCUGGGUUGGUGCCAGCCCGCCUCGGUCUUGUGUGAGGGCUCCGCGGGGGCGGGGAAGCGCUGUCAUGGACACUCGGCCUGGAUUUUGGCAGCAACGACAAAGGGGUGACUAUCAUUUGUGACAAUAUAUACUCAAGAGUGGUGUGUGUGUGUGUGCGUGUGUGUGCGCGCGCGCGCGUGUGUGUGCAUGUGGGUGUCUUAUUAAUGGCAUUAGUCUCUUCUUGCUGUAUCUUUUUUUUUUUUUUUUGGUCUUUUUAAAUGACAAGCCUCUGCUCUAAAAAUGUUGCAAUUCCCUGUCAUUUUAUUAGCAAGUGGCACUUUCUCUUAUUCAGAAGGAUACCAGUACACUCUUGGCUUAAGUUACCGGGAGCAUUCAAGCUAAGGAGGGAAUCUUUUCACUAAUACACUUUUAAAAUCUGAACUUAGGGUAGUUUUCAGUCAUUUUUGGGAUCCUCUAGAACCGUGUGUCUCGAAGGUAUGUUUCUACCACUUGCACCAGGAUCGCGGUGGUCGGGGCGGUGGUCGGGGCGGUGGUCAGGGCACUGGCCGUAAAAACGCUGUGGCUCCUGUGCUUGCUGCGGCCUCUGGGGUGGCGGCUGGGCAUCUGCGUUUUACACCAUCAGCUGGGGGUCCAGGGCUGCCUGGGGUCCGAGAACCUCUGAUCUAGAGCCUUCUGGAGAGUGUGCUCCCUCAAGCACUGAGGGCCCGGCAGGGAGGGACUCCCCAGCAAUGCAGGGAAACGUUUUCUAAGCAAAUACACUGGGCAGGAUCACAGGCUGGCAGAAAAUGAGACCUGAAUUUUUAAAAAAUCGUUUUGAAGGAAAAGUUCUCUUUCGGGAGGGCCAAAGUACUUUGAGAAAGGUACUUGUUACAGCCCUGUGCUUGUUUUAUAAAACUUUUACUACUUAAAAGCAUUCAUAAACCAAACGUCUCCAGCUGGGUUAGCGGCAUACCUUUGUACAUGUCUGAUGGUUCAGAAUUCAAAUGGCUGUCGUUACAAUUUCUCAGGUAAAGAACUGUUUUCCCAAAUUUCUACCCAUCCCCCCCCAUUAUUAGGAUAAAUUUUGAGACAGCGUAAAACCUCAAGGUGCAGUAGAAUAAGCCCAAGCCCUGUUCACGUGGAAGCCAAGAGGGGUCCUGCCCGUUCUGUGUGGGUCACGCCUGCCCAGGGCAACCUCGUGGCCGCCCGAGAGGGGCUCCGGGCACCUCCGGCCUCUGCCUGCAUUUGACAGGUUUCCUGAGGCCUGUGCGGGGCUGUGCAAAUUGCAGAGGUGUCCACUCGCCGGCUUUGCCCGACCCCACUAAGUAAGGUGUGCCUUGCUUUAAGCAAACUGAAUGUGAAAAUUAUGAAGUAGAAAUCUGAAUUCAUUUCAAAGAAAAACUGGGAUUUAUCUCUUCAGAAGAGGUCUCCCAAUUAGAUCGUUAUCCUGGUACUCUUCCUAGUAUAUUUUAAAAUAUUCACCGUAAGAAGAGUUAACAUAUUCCCACCCCUUCACCACUUCCUAUUACGUUCGACAAGCUCUCACCCUAAUAGCUAAGUGAUGAAAGAAACCCGGGGGAGCUGCUUCAAGUCGCCGUUUUGUAGGAGAGCCCUUUGGCCCUGCUGAGAUCCCAUCCUGCUGUUUGUGUACUUAUUAUAAUAAGCUCAGAUGUUCCUAGUUCAGAUAAAUGUUGUAAAACUGGGCAUACCUAUACUUUUAGAAAGGGGUUGUUUUAUUUUGGUUUUGGUUUUCUGUUUUGAGAAGACUUCACAUAUACACUUGAUACUACAUUUUAGGGUCUGCUUUUUCUUUUCAAGAUUGUGUUGCUUUUUGGUAGUGUUCUCACACUCCCGUGCAUGAAUGUUUGCACUCUAGAACCACGAGCGAUCCCUGGCCACUGCGCUGGCUUCCCCAGGAGGGACUUGUUGGAAGUGGAGUGAUUUCCGCGCUGUGUGAGUUUGGCCGUAAGCAGUGCUGUUGUGAUGUUUACCCCAGCGUGUGCUCAUUAGAAGAGACAGUUUAAGUUCAAUUCCUACAGCAGGGUUGUGGGCGGGUGGGUAUCGAUGUUAUAUUGUAUGUUAUUUUUAUUGUUGUUAAAUGCAAAUGUUGCUAUUUAUUUUUUCCUUUCUGCUCUGGUUUGAUUUGGCUGAUAUGGAUAUUCCAGUGCAUGUGGUACCUGAUGAAUAUGAUAGAAAUGAUUUUCCCCAACUUUUAUAAAUUACCUAAUGUUUACCUUCAAGUUUGCUGGAUGAUUUAUUUUUGAAAGCCACAAAUGUAAUUUUUCUGGAUGAAUUGCUUUUCUUAUAUAUGCAGCAAUGUAAUUUAACAUUGAUCUGCAGAGUGACUUAAAUUUUAUUUUUACAAGGCAGUUUUUCAGUCAGAUUAUAUAUUUGAUACAAUAUGUUAAGGGUAGACCAGCCAAGCGUUGUGCAGUUGGGACACCAGACUGUCUCGAGGAGGCCUCUGGAGGCUGGGACGGCUUCUCUUGGUUGCUUGGCAUCAUGGAAGCACUAGGCUGUUUCAUGGAGCCACCCGUCAGGAUCUGGAUGGAGUCCUUGAGUGGGACUUUGAUCUGUUGGGCAGUUCAAAGGAUUUUUCAUGGGCAUUUUCCUACACCUAAGGCAGUUCCAUUAGGAGGAGCUUUAGAAGUUGACAUAAUCCAGACAGUGGACAAUCCCAGUGGCCCAGACAAGCCAUAGAAAUUUCCCUGUGACCUCUCUUUAACUCAUCUCUCACGCUCAUGAGAAAAGGAAUGUACAGUGAAUAGAAACUUCCUCAGUGUUCAUACGCCUCACUUUCAGAAUGCAAAUACUUUGUAUUUUAAGCCCUCCCCCAAAGUAACCAAGAAUAUUCUCUCUAGCUGCCGUGCCAGCAGUUUCGGCUGCUGUGACGUUUCUCAGUGUAGACACAGUGCACGUGUGACUUUGUAAUAGGGCUGUCCGUGUUACACACACAUGCUGACUUUUUUUGUAAGGAAAAUUUUCAACUCGAAAUAAUUGCACUGAUUUUUUGACAGCUUCCUUUUUAUUAUGUCCAACUUUGCAUCUGCUGUACUUGUUUGAAAUGACUGUAAAUAGAUUUAGGAUAGCAGAAAUGAUGUAAUACAAUGCGUUGCUUUGUUUUCGUGAUCCUGCCACGUUUUUCAGUGUUACGUGUUAGAGCCGUGUGGGCUGGCCGCUGCACUUCCCCCUCUACAGCCACGUGUACGUGUGUGUGUUGACCAUUCAUGAAGGACAGAUGAGCCUCGUUGCUGUCUUUUUCUGGAAGGAAGUUUGCAGUGUAUUGGAAGAGUGUGCUCUCUCCUUGCGGUCUGAGAUUUAAUUCUAAGAGGAUUAAUUGUAAAUCCUUUGAAUACUUCUGGUCUGUUUAAUUCCUCGUUAUUUGCCAUGACUCCCUCCAGCAUUUGACAGCUUGGAUAGGAAGCAUCUGAACGGCCAAUGUUACUAGAGAGUCAGGGCCUCCCUUGCUUCUCUUUGGUCACCCGUCAUUUUAAAGCCAUGAGGUCGCUGUCAUGUCAGAACCGUCAUUUGUGGCUCAACCCAUAGAUGCCAGGCAGACCUGAAACGCAGUGCUGUUCCUCUAGGCCUCAUGAUUUGGCCAGAUGAGAAGUACGUGCUCCAGUCCACAGUGUGUAAUGCGGUUUGUGAUCAGGUUACACAGUAUCAGACACACAAAGGAGCUUUUAAACCCAAACCAGUCAUCUGAGUGUGUGUUCAUGUCACGUUGAUGCCAUCUCGGUGCCCUCACUUAGUGCUUUUUUGGAUGUUUUGCCAUUUUAUCGUCUAAAGUGAAUGUAUUGGCUUAGCCAUAUCACUACAGAAGGUGGUUUCUAAUACCUUUUAGUUUAAAAAUAAAUAAAUAAAUGCAGAUAAAGGCUACCUCUGAAUUCUCAAUAGAUUCAUGUUUGCUUUUAAGUGUAGCUGUCCACACUGAAAAUAGCCAAAAUGUUGCCUGAAUCAACUGAAUUGUGAACAUCUCUCUGUUCAGUUCUGGCUUGAAAAUUUGUGUGCCAUACUGUGACCCACGGGCAGUCCCCUCCUCCCUCUCUGGGUGUCCAGGGUGGACCAGGGACUCCUCAGGGCUGCCCGGCUCCGAGAUGUUAGGACUCUCAGUGGCCAGCAGGAAGGAAACGCAAGGGCCUUUCUGCACCGUCCUCAGGUGCAGGGCCGUGUGUGGUGGGACCUGGAAGCGAUCCACUGUCCUGGCUUUUCACUUUCCUAUUUGACAUAAGAAAGCACUUUUUUUUUUCUGAUUUACUUAUGAAUGGGUUGAAAGUGUCUCCUUCUACUCUCUUCUCCCUUUUUGUACACUCUGUAAAAUCACAAAGGUGCUUAAACACCGACUCUUGUGCAAAUAGUACUUCAGUAGCUGCAUGGUUUCAAAAUGCAGUGCAGAUGUCAUUGACCUUUGACUUGGGAACCUUGAAUUACUAAUCACUCUAUACUUUAAAGUGAGCUAAGGUUUGAAAGCAAAAUGUUCUGUUCAAAUCCAAGGCCCUUUGCUUGAAAGGAGCACAGGGUCCAGGGCGGCAGCGUCUUGAAGUCGGGGUUCCUGCUGCUGGCGCCCUGGACCAGGAUGCCGGCCUCUGCGGGAAGGCUGGCCUGGGAGAGCUCGGCAUCACGUGUCAUGAACCACUUGGCUGUCAGAAAUCUCAUCUGCCCACACGCUGCUGUGGGUUGGUCAGUGUCGCCCCCCUGCUCCUUCGCGUCUUUUCUUUAGGUUCCUCGUGUUCUCUCGUCUUCAGAAGGUGAGCAUUUGCUCCCGAUCACUUGCGCUGGUUUGCUCCUGAGUUCUGGAGGGACAGUUGGGCGGUGUUGCAGUUGCAGGCAUCUGGGUGUGAGGAGGCGGCUCCGCUCUCUUCUGGACGCUCAUCAGACCUUGACUUUGGCCCAGAGAGGUUCCAGGUGCACCGUUACGAGGAAGUCCUUGCCUUCAACGCUGCAUGCUGCGCUUUAAUUCCGAAAGCGCCAAGUGUCCGUUGCAGUCUAAGAAUGUGUAAUUCUGCCGUCGUGCUGUCCUAUAGACACAGACCACCCCGAGAAGCGUGGACACUGGGGAGUGUCCGCUACGUCUGCUGACCUGCUUCUGGGGCUGCUGGGCUCCACUGAAGUGGCCUCGUUUUCAGCUAGAAACCCAUACAGGGCUUUUCAGGGGCGGCCGCGCAGUGGCCGGCUCCUUGCUUUAGUGAUGUCAGCCGUCGACUCAGAUCUCCCACCUGCUUUCUGCACUCAUGUCCCCAGCGUCCCGACGUGGGCCUCCCCCGGCAUCUUUGCGUUCAUGAAAGAUCAUUAAAGAUGAGGGAACUGAAGAUUACUGGUGCUUUUGUUAACACUUUUCUGUCUUAUUGGUUGAUGUGAAAAAUUCAGGUGUGUUAGAUCUUUAAACGCCCUUGGUGGUGUGACUAAAGGCUUGGGUCCUCACCUCACCCCCCUUCUUUAGGCGGUUGGAGGAGGCUGAAUGAUCUCCUAGUUACAACUUCCUUGGCCUCAAGUAGUUCAGAGUUAAAGCUACAACACCAAAUAUUGACCCCCCCUCCCCCCCGAAGUGUCUCCAGGAGCUCGAUGUUCAGGCCAAUCUCAUUCGGUACUUCUGGAAUCUUCAAGGUCCUCAGAACCAUGAGUUGAUGCUAGGAAUGUGCUCCCUCGCCGCCCACCACCACCGACCAGGCUGGGGGGUGCGAUGCGGAUGGGCUGCCCGGCCCCGCUGGACGGAACUGGGGGGCCCAGGGCUCCUCUGGACUCUGGAGAUGCUGGGAACGAUGCUGGGGGGUGGGAGAGGGCAGCCCCUCUGACCCAGGAGGCAGGCGGUGCCCAGGCCUCCCCUGGUCUCCAGAGGCCAGGGGUGCCAGACUGGAGACCCCAGUGUUCUGGAGACCCCGUCUCAGCCUCCGUGCCUUUCAAGUCCAGUCCUCAGUGUCCUUUCGAAACCACGGUGGGGCUGCGUUGUUGGGAAGGAAGCCUGGCCUGGCGCACGCUCAUGGAAGCCGCGCCGCCCCUCGGCUCCUGGGCACUGGCUCCUGUGGGAAAUCGCUGGGUUCUGGCCGCGUGGCUCCUCCCAGGCCCUGAGCACGUCUGUCCACAGGACCCCCCUCCUAGUCGGGUGCUGACCGUGACCACGGGCAAACCUGGGGGUUUUGUUCUCAAGGUCACUCAAUGAGAAUGUUGAGUGUAAUGGAACUAGAUUGUUUUCAAAAAGGAAUUGGAAUUGGAGUCGUGUCUUUGUAAAAUGCGUGGGAAGUCCUCAGAUGUCAGGUGCUAUUUCAGUUGUUGGAGUGCCCCGCGUUGUUGUUGUUUUGUGACGUGCUGGGAAACUGCUUCCUUGGGAGUGGCGUCACCUGGAGCUGUGCACGUAGGACUCGGGUUUUUUUUUUUUUUUUUUUUCUUUUUGCGGUAUGUGGGCCUCUCACUGUUGUGGCCUCUCCCGUUGCGGAGCACAGGCUCCGGAUGCGCAGGCCCAGCGGCCAUGGCUCACGGGCCCAGCCGCUCCGCGGCAUAUGGGAUCCUCCCAGACCGGGGCACGAACCCGUAUCCCCUGCAUCGGCAGGCGGACUCUUAACCACUUGCGCCACCAGGGAGGCCCAGGACUCGGGUUUUGACAUCUCGAAGAUGCAGGUUUUAGCUCUGACUUUUCCAAGCCAGGUAUUGAGUUGAGCAGUUCUCUUGGCCGACGGUCUAGUUAAAAGCCACCCUUCUCUGUCAGUGGAUGGUUUUAAGCGGGGGAAAUAACCCAAUGUUACUUAUUUUAAACUGUCUAGAAAAGCCUUCAAGGUGGCAGCUCUUGGCCCUUCCGUCUCCCCCUACCCUCUGUUCUGAAAGGCAGAGGCACCAGGCGCCGGGGCGGGGGGGGCUGCGGGUGGCUUUGGGGGCCGUGACACAGCGAUGACGUGGGCUCCUCUUCAACGCCAAGUAGACACGCGACUAAAAUCCUGGAAGUCCGUGGUUUAGCACUGAACUGAAAUUCACCUCCUGAGUUUGAUAGUGGAUUUUACAUGUAGUUGUUGAAGGUAUAAAUUCAUGUUUUGUAACUGUAGCGGCAAGUGAGUUUUUACUUUUUAAAAAGUUUUAAGGGAAUAAUUGUAAGUUUCUGUGCAGCAAAGUGGCUAAUUAUUCAUUAAAUACAAGAAUGUAGUGUCUAAAUCCAGAUUUUUUCUUACCUCUGGUACACUUCAGAUUACUUACCUAAUAUGUAUUGAGGGGUUUUAACCCUGAGUUUUAUCGACUUUUCUAGUUUUAUUUUAUUUUUAUAAAAUAAUUGAAAAAAACAAAAAUGAAUUCAAAAGUUCCAUAGGUAGAUCUUGCCCCUUCUUAAUUUUCUCCCACAAAAAAAAUUUUAAAAGACAUUUUGAAUCAAAAUGUAUUAUGACCAUUUAAAGUUUACUGUUUUCUAAGAAGCUGAGCAGCUAAAGGGCCUCGUUUCAGGUGGUACUGUGCGUACUGUCUGCGGACUCGUUUACCUGUGCGGUGGGUCUACGUGACGAUGUCUUGUGCUUGCAAUAUAGAAACCGUGCAGUGCUGUUGUGUACAUUGACAGUUCCUGUAUAAACUAGUAUUUAUAUACAUUGGCCUCUCUGUAUAACUUUUCAUUUGCUUACAUGAAUUGUAAAAUUAAAUAUAAAAUUAUAGUACCUGCUAAAUACAAAUCUGAGGCUUCCUGUCCUUGUCUUUAGUUUAAUACCAUUCUGUGUGUUUUGAGGAUGUCCAAUGCUUGCAUGAUGGUAGGUGGUAAUGCCACUUUAAAUUAAGCCUUAAUCAGAUGUUAAAUUUGUAAGUUUCACAGUAUGCAAAAAUAUUAGGCAGAAUGAGUUUAAACUGUUCAGAUCAAGAUGCUAUAUCAUAAUUCAACAAGUCUUUUCUCCGGAGUUAUAAAGGGAAACUUUCAGUGAUACAGAUCUGUCUCUCUGUCUCUCUGUCUCUCUCUCUCUCUCUCUCUCUCUCUCUCUCUCUCUCUCUCUGUGUUUCUGGUCUGGCUUGGCUGUUGCCAUUGCUUGAUGAAAAUGGACCAUUGUGCAUUUCUGUGGCAGUCAGUCAAAAAGACCUGUUCUAAAAGUCUUGAGACUUUUUCAGGGUUAUUUUUAAAUGUUUGAUUUUUUUUUUUCCCUCCAGUCUGAGAUGUAUUUAUGGCUGAUGAAGAGUAUGAUUUAGGCAUAAAUCUUCUUUGCAAACCUGCUCAUGUUCUAAGCUUUCUUCAGGUAGUGCCACCUGUCAUUGCUUCUGCAUAUGAUUAAAUGGAUUUUUGUUUUUGUAAAAGCAUCUUAAAUUUAGACAUAAAAUGGAGGGGACCCAGCUUUCUUUACAAUGUGGAUCUACCUCAGUUAAACAGUUGGGUGCUAUUUACUAAGUCUGUCAAAUUAAAUUGGAAAAAGUAACAAAACAGUGAAAUAUAACUCCACACAAAGCUUGAAAUCAUAAUUUCUGUUUAUUUAAUAAUAUCUAUUUAUUUUGUGCCUUUUGUGUUGAAUCCUAAUGCAUUGAAAAAAAUCAGUAUGAAGUUAAAUAUUUUAUAUUGUACAUGGGGAGAAAAAGCCCAAUUGGCCGUGGAAUUUGAUAGAUCACCCCAGCCAACUAAACACUAACGUAUACUGGAAUCCCAACUGCCCUCUUGUGAAAAGAAACAUAGAAUUAUGUCCAAGAGCAAAUUUGACAUUUUACAAGCAAAUUCCAAACUCUUCUACGCAUAUAUUUGUAGCUAUCACUUCAUUUUCUGUGCCAAUGAAGGGGCGACCAAAAACAACUCACAAACACUCUUGUCAUUGCUUUUUUACCACACGUGCCCUCCCGGCCUUCCUCUGGCGUAUUUUAUAAGUUUAUUUCAUAAGCAGCGAAUGGACUAUUGUUGAUUUCAUCUCUCCCACCCUCCUGGUGUGGGUGUUGGUGACCAUCGACAGAGGAAGGGAGGGCCACUGGCCGUGGAGGGGGGGGAGGGGAGGGGUGCUGCCUACAGCAGCAGCCCCAGGGUUUUUGUAAGUUAGGAAAGCUUUCUGGCAGGUGAGAAAAUCGGACAGAUCGAUGACUUUCCAUGCUUUUAUAUUUGGCAGUUUACAAGUCUAGACUUUUCCUACUAUGGCAAUCUUUUUUAACUUAAUUCUUUGGAGGUAAAACAAUAUUUUGGAGUCUUAAGAAUUUGAUUUUAUACCAAUAAGAAAUAAAAAUUAGGGAUCUUUCCUGUAAUAUAUAGUUUUACUAUUUUAAAGAGAUCUCUGAAUUUUACAAGAAAACCAACAUUCCUUAGUGGCAUAACUCUGAAAGUUGAUUUGGGAGGCUUUUCGCUUCAGGAUCUCAAAAAAAUUGGGAUGAUUCUAGUUAAAUGUUUUUAAUUUUUUAAAUUCCAUCAGGUCAAUACUUAAGCUAUAUUUUGUAAAGAGUAAAUCAUCCUUUAGUAUGCUGCAUGUAAAGAUCAGCGUUGUUGCACUUUCUCAAUAAUAAUAAAUGCCCUACAAUUGGCUCACCAGUAAGCAUUUUGUUUUUUACCUAACAAGAGUACUUUGGGGCAGGUGAUUAAAUUUAUAUAGGUACCUCAAGAAAAAGAACCUGAAUAUGCUGCAUUUUGUUUCUUUAGCUUUUAUACGUAGCAUUUUGUUCUGCUCUUAUGAUUUUGUUUAGAUAUAUGCUUUUUGGACCCCAGUAGACUGUUAAAAGAGAUUUUAAAGUUACUCUUGUAGGGAUACAGUAUCUUUUUUUUUUUUUUUUUUUUUUUUUGUGUACUGCAAUAUCUGGUUCAAAGGUUGCCCACCAGGAGAUUAAUACUUUACCCAAAUACACCUGAGAAAAAGGAUACCAUGUUUAUAAGCAGACAAUAAUGUUCCCAAUCCUUUCUGUUCAUGCUGCUUUCUUAAUUCUUUUCUCCAUAUCAUCAAGAGGUUGGACGACUUAUUUCUAAGGUCAGACUUAAACGUCAUAGCAUCUUAAUGUUUUCAACACAGACCUCACGAAAUCGCCAUUGAGUAAGUAGCAUGAUCCUAAAGGUAUUGCUGGCACUAGGCAGCCGGAUCCAUCUGGGCUCUGAAGAGCCGGUCUUCACACUUCUCUAUUCCCCAGCACUCACCCCAAACUGAACAGACGGGGAGUGGUCUUGAUUGACAAAGAUUAAACUGGUGAAGAAAGCUCAAGGCUGAGACACUGAGCAUCUAUUGUCGUGUUUAAGCUUAGCUGGGUCCUUUAGAGUUUGUUUUACAGCUUACUAGGUUAAGUAGUUUGCACUAUUUUUGCAAUAAAUUCAUGGAAAACCUAACAGUUACUUGUUUUGUUUCUUACUGUGUGUAUAUAAACUAAUACUAAAAAGUUUGGCAUAGUGUUUUUUUCACCUCCUUACAUAACCCUUAACAUGCACAGAAUGCUGUAAAUCGGAUACAAUAUGAUGUGAAUGAUAUUUUAUAAGGUUAUUUUGUAUGGUGUCAAUUUUGUUUUGCCUCAUAGUAUGUCAGCAAAAAACAAAAUAAAAUU